UGACGCAGUUACUGUAUGACUCCGCCCUCUUCAGUUCUACUCGAUUCAGUUUCACGGAGAGGUCGAAAAAACGACUUCACCCUCAAAGCGGUUACGACUCUACGUCCACUUUCUCUGGAGAUUGCCAAGGGAUUUCAAUGUUUGGCCCGUUAUUUUGUUUCCGUGUUGAUUCGGAUCGCACAUAUAUGGCGUUUGUGACUGUAUGCAGAGAGUUCUGCCAGGCUCAGCACCUCACCUUCGUGGACAAGUGAAUUUUUAGCCACCUUCGGGACUACGCUACCCAGAAGCCCCCUUGACAGCCACCACACUGGGUCUCGUCUGUCUCACUUAUACCCUCUUGGGAUCACGCAUAGUCGUCUGCCUCGCCUCACUUCCUCCCUAAAGUAUUUUCUCCCUGUAGCCAAUCAGAAACUCUCCUCCUGAAUGGGGUAAUCUCAAUUGUGUCUAUUGGAUGACUGAAGGAUAGUCUCCCAUUUUCCUUGUUUUUCCUUUCAAGAUUCUCAUCGCUUUUUUAUACAUCCCUUGAACAUUGUGGACUAGAUCACUCUCCUUUUUGUUACUUCUUCCAGUAGUGUAGUGUCCACUCUCCAUUGCACCCUUUUUUUGUCUAUUUAUUUUUUCAUACUGCUGACAUCUGAGCCAAAGAUUCUUUUAAAAAGAAUAACAAAGGAACAGGAAUCAUAAGUACUUCAUUAUAAUUGUUUUAAAGACGUCUUGCCAAAAUGAACCGCCCUGCCGCUGUCGAGAUUUCUUACGAAUGCAUGAGGUUUCUCAUCACGCACAACCCCACCAACUCCACUCUCAACAAGUUCACUGAGGAGCUCAAGAAGUUUGGGGUAAACACAGUGGUGAGAGUAUGUGAAGCCACCUAUGACAAGGCACCAGUAGAGAAAGAGGGCAUCCAGGUCCUGGAUUGGCCCUUUGAUGAUGGAGCUCCACCCCCAACCCAGAUUGUAGAUGAUUGGUUAAACUUGCUGAAGACUAAGUUCAGAGAGGAGCCGGGAUGCUGCGUCGCAGUUCAUUGUGUGGCAGGGUUGGGCCGAGCACCUGUGCUGGUAGCCUUAGCUUUGAUAGAAUGCGGCAUGAAAUAUGAAGAUGCGGUGCAGUUCAUAAGACAGAGGAGACGUGGAGCGUUCAACGCCAAACAGCUUCUUUACCUCGAAAAAUACAGAACUAAGAUGCGUCUGCGGUUCAAAGAUGCAAAUGGGCACAACUGCUGCAUCCAGUAGUGCGUCUCUCAUAUAAUAUUUUAGAGGGAAAUUUAAAAAAAGUUGUGGGUUAUAAUUGUGGUGAUUUAAUAAAAUCAAACAUGGCUUAUUGAUCACAGAGAUGUUAUGAAUGAAUGAAAGCUGAUCUUUUGGAUUCACCAGCAGUAUGAGAGGGGUUCAAAGCACACAGAUGAGCCCAUAACCUGCUUGAUAAAUCAGUGUAAGCUGUCACGGGCAAGAUACACACAGUUCCCUGAGAUUUCCCAAAUUUUUAAUCAUGGGAUGACCUUAUAUUUUGUUAUUUUAGAAUGAUGCUUUUGAACCAUGAUGAAAUAUUUAGAGUUGUUAAAUGCUGUCAUUUUAAUUUUUAUUUUGAAUUUUUCUAUCGGGCAUGUUCCUUUUUUUUUUCACAGACAAUAGCCAAUUUUGUUACAAAAACAAGUCUAUAAGUAGGCAUAUGAUAUUUUUGCACAAAAAAGUUUUUUUUUAAAUCUCCAAUGCAGCAGUUGCCCCCUUGAAAUCACUUUUAAAUUAGGGUUUGCUUAGGUUUUAAAUAUAUCAGCUGUAUUUAUUCACUAUAAUUAGUGUCUUGUCAGGAGUGUGGGUUGGGUUAGACACUUUUCUUUUUUUUUUAAAUGGAGCCAUGUUAUUUUCUCUCAUAUUUUUAAUCUCUGGGGAGUGCAAUAUUCAGUCCAGCUUAGAAAAGCCCUCACCCUUAGGACCGUCCUACAUCAAUAUUAAAGUACAGGAGAUACAGUGUUGGAAACAGAGGAGGAUACUUGGCCUGUCUUAGAUACUCUCUAUAGCUGCUCUUUGCUGGCUGAUGAGUAAGAAAGCUUUACUGUUGACACCCACACAUGACAUGUGUACGCUUUAUCACUCUACUGUUUAGCCCACAGAAACACUGAAGGAAGUGAGAGGCAGGGAGAUUGGUCAGCUCUGAGUUUUGUUUUUUCUUUUUUAUCAUUGUGCCCAUUUUGAAAUCACCCCCACUUUGUCUUGGUUUUAAGAUAAAUAAAUCAAUUGAAAUCAA